AUAAAUGACUAAUCAUCCCAUUUAUGCAAAAGUAUGUUUAAUGUGAAAAUUGCUUAAACCAAUGUAAUUUGGCGGAUUCCUCUUUUUUUUUACUAAAUUAGUUCUAUAAGCACAAACAGAUAGCAGCACAAGUUAUGUGAAUCGCGAGUCGAGAUAAAACCUUGAAAUAACCUCUCCACUUCUAGACACAUGGGUUUGUUUACCAUAGUUGUUAAAUAUUGUGUUUACCUAUAACAAGCCAAAUUUUUGUAAAAUAGCACUGUUUUGCAAAGAAUUAAAGUAAAGUUUAGUGGUUUCGAAAUGAAUUCUGAAGGGAAAGUUUGUACUUAUUGUGAUUCAGUUCCCAAAUACAAAUGUCCAAAUUGUUUCAUUCCAUAUUGUUCUGUCAAAUGUUGUCAACAACACAAACUGGAAAAUUGCAUCAAGCCACCUCCUCCAGAAGAGAAUAAUAAAAUUACUGAAAAACAAAACAUUUCUUAUCCCACAGAAGACACCUUGCCAUUAGAAAAACUACAGCAACUCAAGAACAGUGGAAGUGUCAAAGAAUGUCUCAAGAAUCCUCAUUUGAGGCAUAUUAUGACUAUGAUUGAUAAAUCCAGUAAUCCCACAGAUUUGAUUGCUCAAGCCAUGAUGGAACCUAUAUUUGUUGAAUUUGCUACUGAAUGCUUGAAAGUCGUCCAACCUCCAGAUCAGUCAGAAGUUUAUUCAUCAGAUGAAGAUUAAUUUACUUUGUACAUUUGUAUGUAUAUAUUUGUAAAUUUAUAUUGUAUAGACGAUUUACUAAUUUUGUAUAUUUAUUAUAAUUGUAAAUACUGAUCUUAUUACUUCUUUAAAAGUUUGCUUUUAUUUUUUAUGAAUAUAUUGACUGUAGACAAACAGAUAUAAUUAUUACCUUAAUUUUACAAAUUGAUAUUAUUGACUGCAUCAACUAGUGGUUGUUUGGAACCAAAAUAGUUUUUAUUCCUGAAAAGUUAUUCCUCAUAAAAAGGGCUGGUUCAAGUUGCACACACUUUGUCAAAAAGACAAAUUGAUAUUUUAUUGAGGUUAAACUACAAUGGUAGGUUAAUAUUUUGCAAAUUUUAAUUUCAUUUAUUUACUUACCCAAACUUUAGGUUUUAAAUUAAUAUAGAUUAACUUUUGGAUUUGAGUUUUAUUGCAAAAUAAAAAAUGUUAUUUUCUCUUAGAAGUUCUUAAUUCAUGAAAAAUAUGCAAUAAGUAGAGUAAAUAAUCAAUUAUAAAAACUACAUAAUAAAUUAAGACUUUAUUAACUUCAUAACACAAAUAUAUUCUAGAUAUAUAGGAACAACUUUUUUAUAUAUUAUGAAUAUCUUAUAAAAUAAAGCUUUUACAAUUACAGUAUAAAGUACAUUUAAUUUAAAAAUAGUAAUGCAAUUUGAGUAGUAUUGAAAUCAUCCAAAUAGAUUUCGUCAUUAACUUUUUUUUCUAAUGAGUCCUUAAUACUUUCUUCAAAUAUUAUUUUAUGUAUGUCCUCUAAAUUAUCUUCGAGAGUCAAAUCCUUUUGGCCCAUUGCUAAUAAUAUCUAGAAUAUAUAUGUAAUCAGAAUCAAAGAAAAAAUAGAGAAGAAGCAUUUGAUACUAAUACAUCUACUGAUGGACUUCAAUGGACAUGCAAGUUACAGAAGUGCUUUCUCUCACUGACAAUGUAUCUCCACAAAGAAAAACAAAAUUAUAUACUUUCUUGUGGCUGUCAUAAUUCUGUUUUAAGAUACUUAUGGUAGAAAUGGAAAUACAGCCGGUUGCACUUUUCCCUUCAUGUAUUAGUACUUUUUACUCAGAUUGCCUGGUUUUUCCAUUUUGUAUAGAUUAAAUAAUAACUCUUUUUCAUUCAUAAUCUAUUUAAAAUUAUUCUCUGUGAUAAACAAAGUGAUUAAUGGAUGUUUAAUCUUAGGUAUUAAUAUUAAGAUAUAGACAUUAGAAUGAAUGUUUAAUCUUAGGUAUUAAUAUUAAGUUAUAGACAUUAGACAUAAGAAUAAGCUGUUAGAGGAAUAUUUACUUAUUCAUAAUAAUUACAAAUUGAUUACACAAUUAAAAUAAAACAAAAAUACGUUUAUUCUUAUAUUUAUACAACAUAAAUAAAUAAAAUAAUAUAUUUUAUUUUCAUUGAAAAUAAUAUCUAUAAUUAAUAAGCAAAGAAUUUUAAUUCUUUAAGUAUAAAGUUAUAUUUAUUUUACAUAAUUAUUCUUAUGUAAUAAAAUAAUACUUAGUAAAAAUUUAAUAUUUCUAGUAAAGUUUAUUUUAAAAAACAAAAUUGAAAAACACUGUUUUUAAGAACUGCUGGUAGUUGUGCUAACAAAAAUUUGAUUCAAUAUAAAUUUUAAAAAAUGACAAGAUUAUUUCCUUAUAUCUUUGUACAUAAAAUCAAUUAAUAAAAAUCCAACUACCCAAUUGUUAUAAAUUCACAAAAAAUAUCUAGUUGUAUUAAUAACAAAUAAAGUAUUGAAUCAGGCUGUUCUUUUCAGAGAUAAUGUUUGAUCAGCUCUCACAAAUAGAUUUAGUUAGUGGGGAAUCCUUUGUAGUGUCGAUAAGCAUGGUAAGCGUCAACAGCGUGUGUUAUUCCUAAAGCGAAUCCUAUCGUCUAUAAACAAAAUAAAAGGAAUACAAUUAUUUAAUUAUUAAUCUAUGAUAUUGUCUAGAAGAUAUACUAACUAAAAUUAUUUAUUAAUUCAUUGUAAAUUAUUUAAUAACUUUACUAAAUUAAUCCGUUACUGGACACCUGUUUCAUGAUUAAGGGGUAACAACUUCUGAUUUUGUAGUUUUCAUCAUCCAUAAUUUCUGAAAUAUUGUACUUACUGAUGUAGGAUAAAAUAAAAACCAUGAUAUUGAAAAAGCUGUGAAAUUUUAGAAUAUUACCAAUUUGACAGUAUAAUAAUGGCUGGUAAUAAAGCCUACUACACAACCUUGAAACUUUUCCAGUCCCACUACUAACUGAUAUAAUAAAAUUAAUGUAUAAAUCUCUUAUAAGACCAAUUAUUAACUAUGGUCAGCAUGAACUGCCAAUGUUUGUAACCUGAAUACUGAUAAUCCCUAUCUUCAUAUGAAAUUAAAAAAAAAAAAUGUAUUAAUAACAAAACACUUUUAUUUUACAACAUAUAUAUGAAAUAGACAAAAACAAAUGUCAUAUUUAUCGAAGUUGAAAUAGAUAAAUGAAAUGUAAAAAUAACAAAACACUUUGAUUUGAAAUAGACAAAAAGAAAUACUAUAAUGUAAUAAUAAAAAAUAUAAAUAACAAAACACUUCUUGCCUUUCUGUCUUUUAUUUUUAUGAUGAAACGCUCGUCUGUUUCUCUACAAACAUCCAUUGUGGAGGGAGAACUCUCUACAUGAUUUUUUCUUUUAGAAAAAAUACUCAUCUACUUCAAUGACUUUCCCAGGCCCUCCAAUUUUCUUAGUUGGUCUGUAAAGCAUGUUAUGGACACAAACCUCAAUUAAAAAUUGUUCCCACAUUAUGAUACAUCUGUUCACUAGUUUCAGCUGCUCUAUGCUCCACUGUAGUGUUGUUUAAUUAUGAGAUACUUCUUAACUAGCAGGCUGGGACUGAAUGCUAUCUGCCAAUGUUUAUAAUCUGAACACUGAUAAUUCCAAUAAGGCAGUGAUGAGCCUUCUGGUAAUUCCUAUCUUUGUUUUAUUGUAUUAUAUUUGUAUUGUUGAAAGUGUAAACAGAAACAAAAACAAAUGUAAUAACAAAAAAAAAACUUUUAUUUUACGACACAUAUUAAUGAAAUAAUAAAAAAAUACUUAAAGAACAUAUGUACAUAUAAAAGAAAAAAUAUCAACACUAUAAACGACAUGUGUACAAUUUAUUUUCACUUUGCCUUAUUUAUUUUGUUACACAAAAUAGUUUUCUUUGUAAACCAGCCACAAAAAUUCGCAUAAGUAUGAAUCGAGGUGUUGUGUGGCAGUUCCUCUAUGUAUUUUAUUUCUCCACUUAGCUGAGCCCUAUAAUCGUUCUAUUUGUUGAGUAUGAACCCCAGUUGAUGGAUCGACAAAAUUAUACCAUUGAUUCACUUGGAAAUGGUCAUAGUUUGCUUCAUUCAGUUGUCGGGUGUUGCAUCCUUUCCAACAGUCCGAAUAAAUGGUCGUACCCUCUUCUAUAUUGUCUUUAAUUGCUUGUAAUAAGGUUGUUGCCUUUUAAUUUAAUAAUUGAACGUAAUAAGGGAAUAACUGAAAAAUAAAAAAUGUAAAAACUGAAAGGUUUAGUGGGAUAAGAAGAGGGAGGUUAUUUGACCUGAUCUUAGAUACCAUAAAUAAGAAGAGAGGUUUCGACCCGGCCUGCUAGUGAAGUAGUACCGCGGUUAAAAAGGUAAUCUCCGACCCUCCUAACCAUGUUCUUUUACUUAUAGAUUUUUGUUAUAAGUCAUACGAAAGCAUCUCCAUUUCGUCUUCCCGUUGAACUUCAUUUCAUGAUCUUUACAAUAUUUCACCUUGUCAAUUAUCUCUGUCUUGAAAAUAUUUGAUAGCCUCUUCUUCUGAAGACGGCAAUCCCGACAAUGUAAUAACAUCCAUUUCAACAAUAAACAAUAACUCACGGGAGAAAAAAAGGCAAGUUAUGUGAUGUAAGAUAAAAAAAGGAGGGAGGUUUACUGCAGACUGGAUUGUUCACAAGUACCUAGUAAUUUAAUGAUACUAAUUUAUUUCCUAGAUAGAAUUGUAAAUAAAAUAUAAGAUUGAGAUAAUCACUAAAAUUUAAUAAAUGAGCUAAUAAGAAAAGGAUAAGAAAUAAUUUUCAAUCUUAAAAUUUAUUAGAUUGUAAUCACAAAAUACAAAAAUAUUAUAUGUAAGUGUACAAACAUUACAAAUGUUCCAAGAUUGCUUUUUAACAUGGAUAAUAAGAAUUCUUCAGAUGCUUUUAAAAAUACUACCAAUAUUGCUCCUGAAUAGGAUUUAAGUAUACAAAAUUAUGACUUUGAGAUCGAUUGAAAAAAAAUUAAUAAAUAAAUAAAACAUACGCUUCAUUUAAAAAAUCACUAUAUAAUACAUAUAUAUAUGAAUACUUCUAUAGUAUAAUUCUACAAUAAACUGAGAUUCAAACUUGAACACACAGUUACAAAAUGAAUAUUUUUUAUAAAUAAUUAUCAGCACCUUUCAUUACAAACUAAGUAUCAUACAACCAUUAAUUAAAAAAAAAAUGAAUAAUAAUAAGUACAAACCUUCACUCAAAAGAAAAAAAAUCAUUAUUUUAGUAAAUUUGAUAUACUAAUUUCAAUGAAAGAAAAUCACUUUAUGUACAAGAAUAUAAUAAAAAUAUUCCAUGAAUAUGACAAGACUCAGUUUUAAAGGAAAGAUAAACUAAAAAAAAUAACUACUGCAAAAAAAGAAGAUAACCCAUGUCUUGCACAUGAAUUGUUCAACUGAAACACACUACGUUAUAAGUAGAUAGAACUGGAACAACUCCAUAUAUCUAGAAUAAAUAUAAUACAAUAGGCAUUUCUGAAAUAAACUUGAAUGGAAGGAAAACUUAGGAACAUGGUUUCCAUCAUCUGAAAUAAAUUUGCCUUCUAUAACUUGAAUGAACAUGCAUUCGAAAAACUAUAAACUAAAGCAAUUGCAUCACAGUUCACAGAGGAAAUGUUGGCUCCAACUUCAUGCUAUUGACAGACUUUGUGAUUAAUUCCAAGGAUUCAUCUUCUGUUUCUUCAAAUGUUUUUUUCCAUAACUGCUCAUCAGCAAUCAGUAACUUUUCUAUAGGAAAACAAUGAACAGCCAUAUCGUUGAAAACAUCUGAGUAUUUGAAUGUAUUCGUUAUUUCAAUUUCUACCAUUGAAGGGCCUAUAAAAAACAGGUAAGGUAGAAGCUUUUGAAGCACUCUAUUUGGACUACCCGCCAUUAUUUCUGAGAAUCUAUUCGCAAUUAUCACACAAUUGUGCAGACUCAAACCCCAAUUAGCACAGAUGAUAUUAUUGAAAAGCUUAUUUGGGCAAUGUGGUAAGAAAAACAAAGUAGUUUUAUCCACUUUACGUUUUCCUUUUUCAUUAUAUGUUAUUAGAUUACAUUUUUCUGUCAUGAGUAUGUCUUCUUCAAGCUCUUUGAACUGAGGAUCAUACACCAUCACUUCACAAUUGUAACAUUGCUGGAGAGCCAAAAGUAGUGCAAGUUGAUAUAAUGCUAUCUUACAUUCAGAAAAAUUCCCUAGGCCAUAGCACACAAUAUCUUCAAUAUGGUUCUUGCUUAAAUGUGUUAGAGAUUGUUCAAUAGAUGAUUUGGUAGCAGCAAAUAUAUCUGUUGUAAUGAUCUCAUGCUUUGCAUUCAUUAUCUUCUGAGUUAAUCUAUCACGAUAUGAGGUGGACAAAACAUCGUACAUGAUAAAAUAUUCUUCAUGGUUCGAUUUCUUCUUAUGCUUCUUUUUCCUAUACGAAACUAACGUGAAAGACAUAAUGAUUAAAAUUGUCACUAGCACUUCGAUAACCUUCUCCUCUCCUUUGUUGAUGGAGUC